AUGGCCCCCAAGAGCCGCCGCUCAGUCCACUCCUCCACACCCAUUCCCAUGCCCGUCAUCGCGGAGGACGAGAACGCAGCGGAUCCGCGGCAUGGAGUAACAACACCAACAAUACCACCUCGAUCGCCGCAACGACGGUCAUUUACGCGGAGGAAUGGGGUUCUGAGCACGAACAGCAGCUUAUACGCACCCAGCAUGCGACCGACAAUGUAUAGAUCAACCAGUGUACCACAAUAUGUACCAAAACGUGUACCCGGAAUGAGAGCGGUAGGAGGAGAAGUGGGAAGUAUAAGGUCUAUCCCGCUUAAUAGUAAUAGGACUGUGGAGUGGGUAGUCCCGAUGAGGGACAGGGAUCGGGAGGAGUGGACGUCUGAUGGCAGCCCGGCACAACCAGUUAAGGGGAAGACCGAGGAUAGAGGUGGGAGAGGACAGGGAGGGAAAAAAGAGAAUAUGGCACUAGGAGAAUGGGUAAGAAGACGGGAAACGCUGAUACGAAAACUUGCCGCCAGACACCAUUCCUCCGAGCCCGGUCCCCCAUUACCCACCGACCUCUUUCCAGCUGGCGCCUACACCUUCACGGCUGCCCUAACCAACCUCUCAGCUUCCUGCGCACCCAAGCGGAAUCCUGCCCUCUGGCGAUGCUACCCUUAUUCUCUUUACUCACCCUCCGCAAACGAAAGCACCUCUGCUGCCUUCUUCCGCUGGAUCAUCCGUCCCACCACCACCUUCGCGUACGUCAUCUCCUCUUCUGACGACCCUUUCUCGCCGACCGGCACCUUCCGAGACGUCAGUCUGACCAAGAUCGACGCGAAUCAGCCGAGCGAGCGGUUCACUUUUGGUUUUACCAUGGCGAAGGCGGUGGUGCCGGAUCCUAGCACUACGAGCGGCGGCAGCAGCAGCAGUGUGUCUUCGACAGUCUCUUCGAUGAUCUCAACGACAUCGAUAACAAUCGAUGUAUCACUAUCCUCGACUUCGGCUUCGCAGGCUGCUUUUAACGGAAGGGAGGAAGGUAAGGGGAUGCCUUCUGGACGCAGAUGGUUAAGAACAGCAAGGAGGGCAAAUGACAAUACGAUUUCGCGAGAAACACCAACACCAGCGCCCGCAAUAUGCUGGUAUAAUCAGACGGCCGUCCGUGGCACGAUCUGGACGCGCAUGAGGGCGAGUUACCCGGAUAAGAUCAGCGAUGUGUUAAUACCACUGAUGAACGCAACGAAUGUAUUUGCGCCGUGGCCGUUUGCGGUUGAGUUAACUGGCAAGGGGAAGAAGGCGCCGGAUUGUAGGGAUGCUGAGGGGCAGCCUGUGGUGUUUGGGAAUAAUGAUAAUAUGAAGGCGGUGGGGGGGAAAGGUAUGAACAUCGCGGAUGAAGCAGAUAUCUUCAGAGUCAGGGUCUGGACUAGAAUCAUCAAAAUAUGA